UGGUGGCGCCUUCUGACAAUGCUCAUAACUUGAAGUCUUGCACCAAGUUCUUCCCCCUUUCUGGGACUUUUAAUGGGUGCUCAAUUUACACAUGAUAAAUGUUUAUCUCUCUCUCUAAAAACUAAAAUCCUUGCAACUCAACUCCAAUAACGUCCUAUAUAUAUACUUAUACUCCUACAACAGUAAUAAAAUCCACCAACACAUUAUUUUAAAAUUUAUAAAAUCAAUCUUAAUUAAUGGAACAAACUUAUCCCACUCCAGACUCCCUCCCUCCGCCGUCUGCGCUCCAAAGCCAGCUCCAGCGCAUUCUCCAAAGCCAGAGCGAGCGGUGGGACUACGCCAUCUUCUGGAGCGCAUCCAGAGGCGUGGACGGCGCCUUCCUGUCGUGGGGCGCCGGCUACUUCACCCCUACCACCGCCAAACCCGAGUCCGAGUGGUUCUUCAUGGCCUCCAUCACCAGACUAUUCGCUGCCACCGAAGACCUCGUCUAUCGAGCCCUCGCCACCGCCUCGAAUAUCUGGCUGGUCGGCCACCAGCAGCUCAGCCUCUGUGGCUCCGAGAGGGCCAAAGAAGCUGCGCUACAUGGCGUCAGAACCCUCGCUCUCGUGCCAACUUGUAACGGCGUCGUCGAAUUAGGCUCCUCUGAUUUGAUCAAGGAGAACUGGUCGCUUAUCUACAUGGUCGCCAACUCUUUCGAUCCUCAGAUUCAAUCCUCCUCAUCAGGGUCGUCCGAGAAGGAACGGACUCCGGAGAUUGACGGAUCUCCGAGGAAGGACAAGGUUCCGGUGAAUCAUCAGGCGGCGGAGAGGAAGCGAAGGGAGAAGCUGAACCAGCGAUUCUACGCUCUGAGAAGCGUGGUCCCCAACGUGUCGAAGAUGGACAAGGCCUCGCUGCUGGUUGACGCGGUCACCUACAUCAACCACCUCAAAUCAACGGUCGCUAGCUUGGAAGCGAAAUGUGUCAAAAUUAGGAACACUGCAUCAUCCGCGGCCAGGACCAGAGGCUACAAAAUGGAGAUUGAGGUGAAGGUUUUAGGAGCGGAAGCGUUGGUCCGAGUCCAAUCCGACGAUGUUGAUCACCCCUGCGCGGGAGUGAUGGACGUGCUGAGGGAGUUGGAGUUGAAAGUGAAUCGAGCGAGCUCCUCAGCAGUUGGAAAUGUGAUGUAUCAAGAAAUUGUUAUUAGAGUUAGUGAUGGUUUGUGUAGUGAGGAGGCUAUUAAAGCAGCUAUACUUGGGAAAUUGUUACCCUCGCUUUAGUAAAACCUGAUCUACAUCUUAUAAUAGUAUGAUCUCAUGUUUCAUUCUAUUGUUGGAUUAAUUACAUGUUCAUUUAUAUUUAAUACUA